AUGACGGGUGACUCUCUCAAAGGUGACAAUGGCAGCAGUGUCUUCGCUGGCCCUGGCGUCACUGGCGCCGAAGGCAUCGACGGCGUUUCAGCUGGUCGAGCUGCGGCAAUAGCAGCACUCACAAGGAUAAUCUGCUCGAAACGAACUAAUGAGAAGCUUCCCAAUGAACAAUUAGGCAACUUUUUGGCAACUAUACAUGACGCGUUGAUUGAGAAGGAUCGGCUUGUUCUGUGUUCGUUAUUCUUCUAUGGGCAAAAUCUGUUUCGAUUAGGACUUUAUGGCGUUGAAGCAAUAUUACCCCAUUAUCUGUUUGCGUUGGAUAUAAUCCUUAUAGAGAGCUCCAAGCUCAGAUUGCAUCCGUCGAUCCCUGAAGUGGACAUGAGACGAGCGUGCUUGCGGGCGCUCUCCUCAGUUAUCUGCUGGCCAACGACCUUCGGAAUGAGCAAAAUACCCCAGUUGCCUGAGAGUGCCAACCUGAAGUCGUCAGCUACCACAUAUCUGCAGCUGCGGCCGAGAAUUUACAAGACCUUGGUUUUCAGUUUGAGAAAUGAAACAGAUCCAGUCAAUCUGCAUUUGACGUUAGCUAUGUGCACAGUCCUCAUGGAAGAAAGCUGCGCAUUUGAUCUUGGGCUAAGUGAAGAGCAAACAGCAGAAAUGAUCAAAAUGACAUCACAGCAGCACGGAAAUCAGACACCAGAGAAGGGGUUAUGUGUGUCUUUUGUACGAGGAUUAGUGUCAGCUAUCUGUGAUCGAAUAUGUCGCCCUGAAUGGGCUGGUGAACACUCAGUAUCGUUGGCUGCCAUAGAUGUGCUGAACUGCUUGUCACAUCUGAAUCCUACGGUUUUGUUCAAUAAUAAGGAUGUUUCCACCGGAUCUCUCAUAGUUGCAUCGCUUUGUCGAUUUAUUGAGACGCAACUGAGUAAACCGCCUCCAUUGCAUUCUAAGGAUCUGCAUUCGACUGUAAGUGGUGGUUUCUCCACUGCAUCUAUAAUUUUGCCCAUGUUAUUAUGUGGUUCCUUUCCUGGCCCUUUUCUUUCUAAAAAUUCGAAUUAUAGAGUCACACUUUCGGAAAGCAUCUGA